UGUAUAUAUAUAUAUAUAUAUAUACACAUAUAUACAUAUAUAUACACACACACGUAUUAUAAGAAAAAAAUACGGGCAUUAGAGGCGCUCGUGUUUGUUCGAGACGUAACAAAGGAAUCGCACUGCCCAACGGGCUUUCUAUAUAUUUGUACAUAUAUACAUAUGUAUAUUUAUAAAUAUAUGUGUAGUGUAUAGGUGAAGAGAAAACGGCGCAGUGAACACAACAAGGCUAGCUAAAUAAAGACAGAGUUAUUUAAUAAACACGGCUACGAGAAAGAAACAAUAAUAAUAACUGCCACUCAGUUUUUGACGUUUUCCAAUUAAUUACCAAACGGUUUACGGAGUGAUAAAAAAAUAUAACGGGAUCAUACCAAGUGAGAAAGAAAGAGAGAGAGAGAGAAAGGUUAAAAAUAAUAAAAUAGAAUACAACACAUGUGUCAAAGUACUCGUGGUCGUCAAACGUGUUAAAAGAAGGAGCUGUUGUUGCUACUGGUACUGCUACUGCUGCUGCUGCUGCUGCUGCUGCUGUUGGAAUUAGGUCUUGAACUGAAACUCUGGCUAUUGAAGACAAAGAAAUUCUCUGACUCUGAACUAGAGAACUUAAUAAAACAGUGUUGCUUGAUGGAUCAACUGUGAUUGGUCGUGAAAGUGAAAUCAGUGUGUUGUGACAAUCGAGAGGCUGUAUAUAUAACUGAGAUUUAAUUUGUAAAUAUUAUUUUUUUUUUAUUUUAUUUUAUUUUAUUUAUUUACUCAAAAAAGGGAUUGACUGAUUAAUUGAAUUAAAGUGCAACGAAAUUAAAAAGCUGGAAUGAUAAUUAUCUGAGUUUAUAUAAUUUAUAAAUAAUACGUGGCCUGUUGAAGUCUUUCUGUUUCUGUCAUACAUUAAUCGUUCACUGAUAAUAUUAUCACGCAAACGCAACAAAACGCAUAUUUACAACUAUACUGAUCAAGUAACUCAAUUCCGUCGACUUUGACACAUGAGUUAAGAAAGGAAUACACGCAACUUUUUAACGUGCGUGUGUUAUAAGUGUGGGGAGUUUGUGUUAUCUUUAUUUUUAUAUGUAUUUGUUUAUUGUGUUGAUGCGUAGUGUGUAGAGUUAGACAAAACAAAAAUUUUAAUAUAUGUGUAAGUGUUUUUGUGUGUGACAGGACAGGGGGGGACACUAAAGUUGUCAGUAUUUCUAAGUUUCAAGUGGCCUAAGUCCCGAGUGCCGGCCGGCCAGCGCGAACGUUUGAAAGACAACAAGAAGAUAUAAAAGAAGAAAAGAAGAAGGAAGUGAAGGCAAACGCGGAGGAGGAACAAGAAGAUAACUCUUGACAACGAAGUCGACGCCAGGCAGGCCGGCGGGACGGCUUCACGUUAAAUAAUACUUGGUCAAAUAAUAAUAAAUAUACUUUAUUAAGCUGACUAAAAAAGAAUUUCACUGGGUUGUAAAAUAAAAAUUAAAAAAAAAAAAACAAACAAAGUACAAGCUAAAUUAAACAACUCGAAAAUAUGAGCAUUGCUGCAUUAUUGCAAGCCGCUGAGUAUAUUGAACGAAGAGAAAGAGAAGCUGAGCAUGGAUAUGCAUCGACUAUGCCCAUUCCUGAUGACCUCAGGGCGCUCGCCAAGAGGUCAAAAACGAAAAAAUCUCAGGGUAGUCGGACUACCCACAAUGAACUGGAAAAAAAUCGACGAGCGCACCUCAGAAAUUGUUUGGAAAAGUUGAAAGUUCUUGUACCUCUUGGUGCUGAAACUUCCAGACACACAACGCUUGGAUUAUUGACCAAGGCCAAACGAUUUAUCAAGAGCUUAGAAGAUCGAGAGCGAAAACAUGCCGCGCACAAGGAGCAAUUGGCACGAGAGCACCGAUACCUGAGGCGACGCUUCGAGCAACUAACAGGUCAACCAAGUACCCUCGCUACACUACGAGGAUUUCCUGGCCUUGAGGGCAAUACUUAUGGUUUGAGCACAAGUGCGCCGUCGACCUCAUCAUGUAGCUCCGCAGCGGCUGUUGCUGCAGCUGCGGCUGCGGCUUUAAUUUCCAAGAGACGCAGCGUUUCUGAAUGCUCGGUUACCACUGUAUCGUCCACUGGUUCAGCCAGUAGUUCUCGUAAUUCUGAUAGAUCAACGGGCAGCUCGUCUAUCUCAGAAUCUGACGAAGUGGAUGUAAUUGGUUACACGAGUAAUCAAUCAGAUACUGAUGAUCAUAGCAGUGUACAAAGCAGCAGCGACAGUGGUGUUGCUAUGUCCACGUCCCGACUUACUCUUUCGGAAAUAAUCGACGUUAUUUAGAUGGAAAACAUAAAAAUGAAGAGCUGUGGUAAGGGAGCAUUCCGGAAUUAUUAUUAUUGUUUUGACCAAGAUAAUAACUAAUGAUUACAAUAUUUCGCCGAAGAAGUAACCAUUAAUUGGAUAACAUUUAACGAUUGGCAAAUAUCACUGUCACCCCAAUAUUUGCGAUGGUGAGUCAACAUGAUUUAGUGGUAAUUCCAUUGAUAGUUUGAUAAAGAAAGAAUUCACAACACAUUGGCGUAAUAAUAACUUAAAAAUAAUUGAACUAAUUACGUAAUCAGUUGUUUACGAUUUUUGUAUAAAAUUAAUCUAAAUAAUCAAUGAAUUUUUUUCAUAUUAUUAUACAAUAUUUAUUUAUGGUUUAUAUAAAUUAUGACAGUAAUAAGUCGGCUCCGCGAUAAAUUUUAAUUGUACAUUAUAAAUGUAACUAUUAUCAAUUAAUUAUUUAAUUAAUAUUUUACUGUAAAUAAUACUUCUAAGGAAACGGGGAUUGGCAAGUAACAAGACGUGAAUUAUAAUUAUAAGCGAUACUAUAUAUAAUUAGAGGAAUGUUGUAACAAGAUAAUAGAAAAAAAAAAAAGUUAAAAAAAAAUAUAUAAAACAAAUGAUAUAUAUUGUCGAGAUAUCGGAUUACACACGUUGUGAAAUCAACUAAAUUAAUUGAUAGGAACAAACGUCAGAUUAUCUUGACAAAAAAAAAAAUUAAAACAAAUAAAUUUGAAAAACAAAAACAACAAAAAAAACCAUACGAACGAAAACCAAAAAAAAAUUAUACUGCAAUUUUUUCAGUAAUUAAACUAAUUUUAUUUCUAUAAACAUAACAAAAAUAAAACAGUGUUGAGUUCACUCUUAUAAAUUUAGAAACUAAUCAAAGCUUUUUAAUUAAUUGUCAAUAAGAUUUUAUGCGUGAUAUAUUUAUUAAAUUAAUUUUUUUCUUUUAGUUGUUGGUAUUACCAAAGGUAAAACGCGACAAGUUUAUAACGCCAGUGAAAAUAAUAUUUAAAAUAAAAAAAAAUUUAUUUGCUCUUGGAGCUAACGCUAUUUAUAUUUAGAUUUAUGUUUACAUAUAUAUAUAUUUUUAUUAUGAUUUAAAUUAUAUUUGAAUAAUUUUUCAACAUGUAAUAUGACGAAAUUCAUAAUCGAAGUCUGUAGCCCCUCAAGUGUUGACAAAUUGAUAAGAGUAUGAAAAUAAUUAACAAAGUUCAAGUGUAACGAGCCAGUAAGUUAAAAAAAAAAAAUAAACUAAAUACCAUCUGAAUGAUUUAAUGAAAGAAAAAUAAUAUGAGAGAUAGCUACCAUUAAGCAUUACGAAGGACACAGAUGUUAUUAAAAUUGAUAACAAUAACAAAGUGUUGAUGAUUCCUCGUUAAAAAUAAAGACACAUGAUAAAUGUGUUCAACGUCCAAUAAAACAAAUUAUUACAAGAGGAUCCAUUAAGCUUUUUAAAUAAUUCAAUAUCGUAAUUACGCUUAUUUUGAAUUUAAAAUAAAUUGAUUUUUCUGUGAUGCUUAAGCGCUAAAAAAUUAGGGGCGUGUAUAGUUUCAUCAACACGUUAAUGAACAAGUCAUUAAAUACAUGAGUAGUAAUUAAAAAAGAAUUAUAUUAUUAAGUAUUAAUUUAAUAAAUAUAUUAAACGAAUAACAGAGUAAAAUAAUU